CGUUGCGCGUCACGACGGUCUUUUACGGUAGUGGUACUGAUGCGGGAUGAGUCAGGCAUUAUGAUGCUGCUAUCCCUGCCAUUCCCCUCGACCCGUGGACGCAUGACACGCGGAUGACUGUGCGGGUUUGCCGUACGGCCGCCAAGUGAGCCUGAACGUUUUAGUGCGCCUGUAGUGUCGUUCUCAUCACCAGCAGCAGCGGGGAGGGUGCACCAGUCCGGCCCGGAACUUCGGGGCCUACACGGCCGCCUCAGUCGUCGCCGCCAGCGGUUCACUCAAGUAGACGAGAAGACAGAACCGGUCGAGCAACAGUCGAGCAGAGGCGAGUCAUGGAAGCCAUCUGGCUGUAUCAGUUCCGUCUCAUCGUGAUCGGCGACUCUACGGUGGGCAAGUCGUGUCUCAUCCGCCGUUUCACCGAAGGCCGCUUCGCUCAGGUGUCGGACCCCACGGUGGGCGUGGACUUCUUCUCUCGGCUGGUGGAGAUCGAGCCGGGCAAGCGGAUCAAGCUGCAGAUUUGGGACACCGCUGGCCAGGAGCGUUUCAGGUCCAUCACUCGGGCGUACUACCGGAACUCAGUGGGAGGGCUGCUCCUGUUCGACAUCACCAACCGCCGCUCCUUCCAGAACGUGCACGAGUGGCUGGAGGAGGCGCGCAGUCACGUGCAGCCGCACAGCAUCGUCUUCCUGCUGGUGGGCCACAAAUGCGACCUGGACGCUCAGCGGCAGGUGAGCCGGCAGGAGGCCGAAAGGCUGGCGGGGGUGUACGGCAUGCGCUACAUCGAGACAUCGGCGCGCGACGCCAUCAACGUGGAGCGCGCCUUCACCGAGCUCACCAAAGACAUCUUCGCCCUGGUGCGCUCCGGAGAGAUCAGCAUCCAGGAGGGCUGGGAGGGCGUCAAGAGCGGCUUCGUCCCCAAUGUAGUUCAUUCCUCCGAGGAGGUGACCAAGAGUGACCGCCGCUGCAUCUGCUGAUGUGUCCCACGGGGCCAGCUGGCCGCAAAGCGGCGGACCUCUUUUGCUCGUCGGGGGCAAGUCGGCAGAAGGACAACUGAGCGGCGGUGCUCUUUUUUGGAUCAUUAGUGGAGAAAGUCACUUCCUAAAUACUAAUACAGUACACGCGCUUGUCCAGGCUCCAAGUGGGUCUCCUCCAAUAUGCAAUUCGGUCAUGACACACACAAACUUGAUCCACUUGGGAU